AUGGCUGGUAACACACUAGCAAUGCGGUCCAUGGCCUCCCUGUCCACCGCGUCGCGACGCUCGAUCGCGACCUCCCAGGCUCUGCGCGCAAAGCCGAUGCGCUCCGGUGUUCAAACCGUUUCACGUAUCGCUCGUCGCGGUUAUGCCGAUGCCGCUCCUACUCCUUCCCCGACACCUAAGCCCAAGAAGCGCUUCCGUGCCCUCCGCUGGGCCUGGCGUUUGACCUGGUUGGGUGGUCUCGGUUUGACCGGUGCCCUCGCCUACAGCAUUUGGGAGCUGCGUCACCCCGUUGAACAGUCCGAGCCCUCCCCCGACAAGAAGACCCUCGUCAUUCUUGGAACUGGCUGGGGUUCUGUCUCCUUGCUCAAGAAGCUCGACACUGAGAACUACAAUGUCAUUGUGGUCUCUCCCCGUAAUUACUUCCUUUUCACUCCCCUGCUUCCUUCAUGUACUACCGGUCUGAUUGAGCACCGCUCAAUCAUGGAGCCCAUCCGCAACAUUCUCCGCCAAAAGAAGGCCAGUGUUAAGUUCUACGAAGCCGAGGCCACCAAGAUCGACUAUGAGAAGCGUGUUGUAUACAUCAGCGAUGACUCUGAGAUCAAGGGUGACAUCUCCCAGACUGAGGUUCCCUUCGACAUGCUUGUUAUCGGUGUUGGUGCCGAGAACGCCACGUUCGGUAUCCCCGGUGUUAAGGAGAACUCGUGCUUCCUAAAGGAGGUUAACGAUGCCCAGAACAUCCGUAAGCGUAUUAUGGACUGCAUUGAGACCGCCAUGUUCAAGGACCAGAGCGAAGACGAAGUCAAGCGUUUGCUGCACAUGGUUGUUGUCGGUGGUGGCCCUACCGGUGUUGAGUUUGCCGGUGAGCUCCAGGAUUUCUUCAACGACGAUCUCAAGAAGUGGAUUCCCGAGAUCCAGCACAACUUCCACGUUACCCUGGUCGAGGCCCUGCCCAACGUUUUGCCCAUGUUCUCCAAGCAGCUGAUUGACUACACCGAAUCCACCUUCAAGGAGGAGUUGAUCACCAUCCGCACCAAGACCAUGGUUAAGAACGUCACCGACAAGUACAUCGAGGCCGAGAUCACCAACCCCGACGGAUCCAAGUCCCUCGAGACCAUCCCCUACGGUCUGCUCGUCUGGGCUACCGGUAACGCCGUCCGCCCUGUGAUCCGUGACCUGAUGAGCCAGAUUCCCGCCCAGAAGACCUCCCGCCGUGGUCUCGCCGUGAACGAGUACCUUGUUGUUAACGGUGCCGACAACGUUUGGGCUGUCGGUGACUGUGCCAUCACCAACUACGCCCCCACUGCCCAGGUUGCUGGUCAGGAGGGUGCUUUCCUUGCCCGUCUCUUCAACACCAUGGCUAAGACCGAUGAGAUUGAGAAGGAGCUUGUUCUGCUCUCUGACCGUCAAUCCCAGGUCAAGUCCGACGAGGAGCGGAACCAGGUCUUCGAUGAGAUCCGUGAGCGCCAGAAGCAGCUGCGCCGUACUAAGCAGAUGGGUCCCUUCCAGUACUCUCACCAGGGUAGCUUGGCAUACAUUGGCAAGGAGCGUGCCGUCGCCGAUAUCAGCUGGCUGAGCGGCAACAUCGCUAGCGGUGGUACCCUGACCUACCUCUUCUGGCGUAGCGCCUACCUGAGCAUGUGCUUCAGCUCCCGCAACCGUGUCCUCGUCGCCAUGGACUGGAUCAAGGCCCGUGUCUUCGGUCGUGACGUCUCUCGGGAGUAA